AUGUCAUCCACCAGUAACGUCGACGCAAAGGACGUCAAGUCUGAGGAGCGGAAGAAUGGAGAUACUGCUGAUGCACAGUUACCAAACACAGACGAGAAGCAGCCAAGCUCGCCACUCGCCGCAGCGCCGUCUGAGGAGCGACGAGAAGUUGUAACUCCCGCUCUGGAAGAGGGCGAUAUACCUACAACAAGCAAAUGGGAAAUUUGGUCAUGGUACCUCUACUACAUUGGGUCCAAUGGCCUUGCGCUUUUUAAUUUUGGACCAACGGCUUUUCAGAACCUCCUUGCCCAAGCUGCGGGUGACUCCGGACUACUCUACUUCGCGGGUCGGGAGCGUGAUGUCAACAGUAUUGUCUUGCUUGCCAAUGGCAUGUCAUUCGCAAUCCAAGCAGCGCUAUUCCUACUCAUUGGUGCGUAUGCAGAUUUUGGGACAGGCCGGCCUUGGGUGCUGUUCGUCUGGUCCAUCAUCGCCUAUGGCAUCGGCUUUGGAUGGCUUGGAGUUCACGACCCCGACAAGUGGAAGAUUGGUGCUGGGUUGUACAUUGUGGGCUUAAUUGCAUAUCAGCUCACAUUGACAUACUGGACCGCGGCAUUUCCAUCACUAGCCCGCAAUACGGUACACAUCAAAGAGUCCCAGCUAGCUUUCGAAAAUCGUGAAAUCAGCCAGGAAGAACUAGACAAGCGAGAUGAAAUGGAACGCAGCAGGCUCAGCAAUGUUGCUUUUUGGAUACAAUCUUGUGGUGAGAUUGUCAUUCUGGCCAUCAUUGUCGGAAUAAUGUUUGCUGUUCAUGUGGACUCGAGUACGGCUAGCAACAACUGGGGUCUAUCGGUCCUCAUCGCUUUUGCCACGGCCUGUUGGCUGGCACUCUCCAUCCCAUGGUUUAUCCUGGAGAAGAAGCGCCCUGGAAUGAGGAUUCCACCGGGCAAGAACAUUGUCACCGUCGGCCUGUGGCAGUUAUACGAAGCCGCCACGCAAAUUUGGCGCCUCAAGCAGAGUCUAAUUUACCUUGCUGGAUACUUCCUUCUCGGCGACUCACUCAACACGACCGUCACAGUCAUUGCCACCCUUCAAAACGAAGUUGUCAGCUACAACACCCUCACGCUGACGUACCUACUCAUUGUCGGAAUUGGCACCCAAGCACUCGGAAUCGGCGGUUUCUGGCUCAUCCAGAAGAAAUUUAACCUCAGUGCCAAGACCAUGUUCAACGCCAUUAUGGUUUUCAUCAUCCUUCUAGAUGGCUGGGGCAUGAUUGGUAACUGGACUGACAAAUUUGGCUUCAAGAACGUGUGGGAGGUGUGGAUGUACCAGGCCUACUACGGACUUGUCGUUUGUCCAUGGUACAGCUACUCCCAAAUCAUGAUUAGUUCGGUAACGCCCCGAGGAAAGGAGUUCCUAUUUUUCUCAGUAUUCAACAUCAUCGGCAAGGCAUCAAGUUUUAUUGGACCUCUGAUCAGCAGUGCUAUCAUCGAUGCGACACCCGGUGGGACAAAUGACAGCGCACCGUUCUACUUCUUGUUUGCAUUGAGUUUGUUGAGUGCCAUUGGAAUCUGGACAUUCUUGGAUCUCGAGAAGAGUGCCAGAGAACAAGAGGAGUUUCUCAUUCAGGAGAAGGAGAGGGUGUACGGUGAAGAUACUUCAGGUGUCAAGGAGAAGCUUGCGGCGGUCUAG